GGACAUAAGAAGUCAUGAUCUUGGAAUCUUAGUACGUUAGAAUUUUCAAGAGGAGACUUGAGUUGACUGAGUUCGUGGGUACAAAUUCAAGAUCUAAACCAAAUACAAAACCAAUUGAAGAGUUCAUCUUCAUUCAUCGGUGACUGCAGUGGUAGCUAGAUGGAACACGUACAAGCAUAUCCUCCCCCGGCUGCACCAAGUGCUUACCCACCUUUGGCUACUCCUGUUCCCGUGAUUGGGCCUCAAUACUGCUAUCCUCAACCAGUAGAUCUGGCUGUCGUCAGAAAGGUUUUGACCAUCACUGAGGGCAACUUUGCUGUCACUGACAUCAAUGGCAACAUCAUGUUCAAAAUCAAAGGCAAAUUUUUCAGCAUCCAUGACCGUCGCCUCUUAACCGAUGCUGCCGGAAAUCCCGUUUGCACUCUUCGACCCAAGAUAAUGACUGUCCACGAUAGAUGGCAAGUAUUCAGGGGAGAAAGCACGGAAGAAAAAGAUCUGAUAUUCACAGUGAAGCGAUCAUCAAUGAUCCAACUCAAGACCAAAUUGCAUGUGUUCUUGGCAACCAACCCAAAAGAGGAUGUUUGUGAUUUCAGAGUGGAAGGAAGCUGGCUGGAAAGAUCCUGUAUCAUUUAUUCCGGAGAGUCUAACACUAUUUUGGCUCAGAUGCACAAGAAGCACAGUGUUGAAAGCAUAUUGCUUGGGAAGGACAAGUUUAUGGUGACGGUAUAUCCGAACGUGGAUUAUGCCUUCGUGGUGGCUCUCAUAGCCAUCCUUGAUGGGAUUAACCAAGACGACGAUGUUGUGUGAUCACUCAUCAAAAUUAAAUGCUGCUAUUAGAACUACAAGUAACUGUGUGUUAUGUGAUCAAUUAGAAUAAAGGAGGAAGACCUUCUGCCUGCUUGAUGCUUAAUUUGGUGAAACUUACUUUUCACUAUAAUAUGUUGUUAUCUACACCUUUGACUUCAGCUUGUUUACUUCUCUGUGUCUUACCAAUCAGUUUUCACUGCUGUAACAUAUUAAGAUGAAACCAGUUUGAUGUUAAUUCGUGUGUUCAUCAAUAAGAACCUUAGCUAAUUUAUUACUCA